GCACUUCUACUUCGUGCUCGCUACAGUGAAGAAAUGAGUCGACUAGACUUUGCUGGUACUAAAAAACUUUAUGAAGAAGCAAUUGCUAAUUUACAGCCAAUAACCGAAGAGAAGACAAUAACUACAAUAGAAAAUGUGUCAUUAGCUGCCAACAAGUAUUCAAUUGACGAACAAAAUUCUCUCCAGGUCCAUGCUUCACCACAACAAUCAGACUGUCGAAGUUUUGGGGAGGAAGCCCACUUUCGGCUAGCAAGAUUUCUUGAUCGCGCAAGAAGUCACGUUAAUCCCGGCAAGCAACAAGAGUUAGUUCAUCUUGCUUGUAAUGUUUUAAGGUCCGAAGCCUUUUAG